GGAUCGAGGGACGCCCAGCCGGUCGCCACCGCGGAGCAGCCCUUCAGCCGCCCGGCAUCGGCUUGUCUGUGUGUCCUCCGCGGAUCGGCGGCGGGCCAGCGGCCGAGCCCCAUGCAGCCUCGCACCGAGCGCCCCGCCGGCAGGACGCAAAGUCCGGAGCACGGCAGCCCCGGGCCCGCGCCGGAGGCUCCGCCGCCGCCGCCGCCGCCGCAGCCUCCAGCCCCUGAGGCAGAGCGUGCCCGGCCCCGGCAGGCCCGGCCCACAGCCCCCAUGGAAGGCACAAUGCAGCUGCUGAGCCGAGAGGGCCACGCUGUGUCCCACAACUCCAAGCGGCACUACCACGACGCCUUCGUGGCCAUGAGCCGCAUGCGACAGCGCGGCCUCCUGUGUGACAUCGUCCUGCACGUAGCUGCCAAGGAGAUCCGGGCACACAAGGUGGUGCUAGCCUCCUGCAGCCCCUACUUCCACGCCAUGUUCACAAACGAGAUGAGUGAGAGCCGUCAGACACACGUGACACUGCACGACAUCGACCCUCAGGCCCUGGACCAGCUGGUGCAGUUUGCAUACACAGCCGAAAUCGUGGUGGGAGAAGGCAACGUGCAGACUCUGCUCCCAGCAGCCAGCCUCCUGCAGCUGAAUGGCGUCCGAGACGCCUGCUGCAAGUUCCUGCUAAGCCAGCUGGACCCCUCCAACUGCCUGGGCAUCCGGGGCUUCGCCGACACACACUCCUGCGGUGAUCUGCUCAAGGCGGCACACAGGUACGUGCUGCAGCACUUCGUGGACGUGGCCAAGACCGAGGAGUUCAUGCUGUUGCCGCUGAAGCAGGUGCUGGAACUGGUCUCUAGCGACAGCCUGAACGUGCCUUCAGAGGAGGAUGUCUACCGUGCCGUCCUGAGCUGGGUGAAGCAUGAUGUGGAUGCCCGGAGGCAGCAUGUUCCUCGGCUGAUGAAGUGUGUCCGCCUGCCCCUGCUGAGCCGGGACUUCCUGCUGGGCCAUGUGGACGCUGAGAGCCUGGUGCGGCACCACCCAGACUGCAAGGAUCUACUCAUCGAGGCCCUCAAGUUCCACCUGCUGCCCGAGCAGAGGGGCGUCCUGGGCACGAGCCGCACCCGGCCCCGGCGCUGUGAAGGCGCUGGUCCUGUGCUCUUUGCUGUGGGUGGUGGGAGCCUGUUCGCCAUCCACGGGGACUGUGAAGCAUAUGACACGCGCACUGACCGCUGGCACGUGGUGGCCUCCAUGUCCACACGCCGAGCCCGGGUGGGCGUGGCGGCAGUGGGGAACCGGCUGUAUGCUGUGGGCGGUUACGACGGGACUUCAGAUCUGGCCACCGUAGAGUCCUACGACCCUGUGACCAACACCUGGCAGCCGGAGGUGUCCAUGGGCACGAGGCGCAGCUGCCUGGGUGUGGCUGCCCUGCAUGGGCUCCUGUAUGCAGCUGGUGGCUACGAUGGGGCCUCUUGCCUCAACAGUGCUGAGCGCUAUGACCCCCUGACGGGAACGUGGACAUCCAUCGCCGCCAUGAGCACACGGAGGCGAUACGUGCGCGUGGCCAUGCUCGAUGGAAACCUGUAUGCCGUGGGUGGCUAUGACAGCUCAUCACACCUGGCCACCGUGGAGAAGUAUGAGCCCCAGGUGAACUCCUGGACGCCCGUGGCCUCCAUGCUGAGCCGGCGUAGCUCGGCAGGCGUGGCGGUGCUGGAGGGGGCCCUCUACGUGGCUGGUGGCAAUGAUGGAACCAGCUGCCUCAACUCUGUGGAGAGAUACAGCCCCAAGGCAGGCGCCUGGGAGAGUGUGGCGCCCAUGAACAUCAGAAGGAGCACACACGACCUGGUGUCCAUGGAUGGAUGGCUGUACGCCGUGGGGGGCAAUGACGGCAGUUCCAGCCUCAACUCCAUCGAGAAGUACAACCCGAGGACCAACAAGUGGGUGGCCGCGUCCUGCAUGUUCACGCGGCGUAGCAGCGUGGGCGUGGCGGUGCUGGAGCUACUCAACUUCCCUCCGCCCUCUUCACCCACGCUCUCCGUGUCGUCCACCAGCCUCUGACCCAGUGGCACGGCUGCACAGAGGCCGGCCGGCGGCCUCCCUCGUGCCUUAAGCCCCCAGGGCCCAGCACUUCCCUCCCCUGCUCGUGGGGCGGGGCUUGGCCCCCACCAGGGACAUCCAGCGCCGACCGUCCACCGUGCGUCUAGCCCGGGCGUUACUGUGUUUCUUUCUCAGUGUUUGUGUGUGCCGUUUAUUUAUUCACUCAUUAAUUUAUUGAUUGAUGUUGAGCAGGCUGCAGCUACCCAUUUCUUCGUUUACUCUUGAAGUGUCCUAUCUCUGGGGCCAAGCUGCUCUCCUGGGUGUCCUCCCACCCUACUGAGGGCCCUGGGGAGCAAUGGAGUGGACACUGGCAUUCCCCAUGGGUGAGGAGCCAACUUGGACUCUGCACACCUGGAGGGACCGAGGGGUGAUGCAGAGCAGUUAUGGGCCGGGGCCUUUCUGAGUCAGGUGCAGACCCCCCAGCCUGUGCUUUGCACACCACCCUUGACGUGCCCAGCCAGACACUCUCCCAGGGAGGGCACAAAUUGGGCUUCCUUCCCAUGGCUGUGGUGUCAUUUCUGGAUCCUGCACUGAGCUGGGCACCAUCUGCUGCCAACCCCACACAGCAAUAUGAGCCACUUGAACAAUAAACAUGUUUCUUGGGCUCUGC